AUGACUAAACAACCAAUUGCACCAUUGCCACCUACACCUCCUAAAAUCUAUCGAGUCGAACCGAUUAAUUUUAAGGAAGUUGUUCAAAUGCUGACAGCAACUCCUGAGUUUCAAUCCGUCUGUAAUAAUUCUGUUAUCAGUUCUGUCUCUGGUUCUGGUUCUUUCAAUUCGAGGCGUCUACAAGAUGUUGCUCCUCCUCCACUUGAUCUCUCACCGGUUUCAUUACAGAGAAAUAAUAAUAUUGAUGCACAAUGGCACGAGUUGAAUCAGACAAGACAUGCAUGUAUUGACUCGACGAUAAUUGAAGCCCAAGAAAGAUCACAUGUAACGUCUCGAAUCCCAUCAGAAAAUUAUUUUGGAUCGUGUAAUCCGUUGGCUAAUUUCUCUCUAUCGCCCGCUUCUUUUGCAUGGUGUUCUUCUAUUCUUCUCAGCCCUGGCACACUCACUUCACCAAGCACGGUUCAAAUCAUUUGA